UCCGGGCAGAGGGGCUGGCUUUCUUCGACAGCGUUAGCACCCUGAAUGGAGCUCGUUUGAACACAUUCCCGGCUGCGUUUGUAAGAGUGUGUCGCGGUGUGUUCAGGGGAAACGUGGAGUUGAUCAGUUUUUGUGAGAUUUCGGUGUUGUUGUUGUUUUGUCAGGCGAACCUGUGAGACCUUCAGAGAGCAGACUGCUGUCCACUUCACCUCAGCGCUCAACACCAUGGCUGCCGCUCCCACCAUGCUCCUCUUCCUUCACAUCUUCACUGCCUUAGCGCUGGAAUCAGCCUCUGAGCAAGUCUCCCCUGAGAUACUCCCACACCUCACUGGCUGCGUCUCUGCCAACAUGGAGACUUUCCGCUGCAGAUGGAAUGUCGGCACCUCCCCGAGUGUCUCCAAGCCAGGAGAUCUCCGCUUAUUCUACUGGAACAAAAAACGCCUCCUCGCUAAUCUUAAAGAGUGGAGCGAGUGUCCGCACUACAGCACCGACAGGCCCAAUGAAUGCUUUUUCAAUGAGAACCACACGUCCGUCUGGACAAAUUACAAUGUCCAGCUCCGCUCGAGGGAUGACACCGUCCUCUAUGAUGAGAUCGUUUUCCUCGUUGAAGACAUCGUGCAACCGGAUCCUCCAUUCGGCGUGAACUGGACUCUGCUGAAUGUGAGUUUGACUGGCACUUAUUAUGACAUAAUGCUGAGCUGGAAGCCGCCGCAGUCUGCAGACGUGCGGAUGGGAUGGAUGACGCUGCAGUACGAGGUUCAAUACCGCGAAGUCACCUCUGACCUGUGGGAAACGGCCGAGCUUGUAAAAAGCACACAUCGCUCCAUUUAUGGGCUUCAAACUAACGUUGAUCACGAGGUUCGGGUCCGGUGCAAACGGUUUGGUGGAAAAGAGUUUGGAGAGUUCAGCGACUCUGUAAUUGUGCACGUUCCAUCUAAAGUGUCCAGAUUCCCGGUGGUGGCCUUGCUUGUCUUUGGUGCCUUGUGUCUUGUGACCAUCUUGAUGUUAGUCAUCAUAUCGCAGCAGCAAAAGUUGAUGGUGAUUCUUUUGCCUCCUGUUCCUGGACCUAAAAUCAGGGGAAUUGACCCUGAGCUGCUCAAGAAAGGCAAGCUGAGGGAGCUGACGUCCAUCCUGGGCGGCCCCCCUGAUCUGAGGCCGGAGCUGUACAACAACGACCCCUGGGUGGAGUUCAUCGAUCUGGACAUUGAGGAGCAGAACGAGAGACUGACAGACCUGGACACGGACUGCCUCAUGGAGCGGUCCCUGUCCUCUAACUGCUCUCCCCUCACCAUCGGCUUCAGAGACGACGACUCUGGGCGAGCCAGCUGCUGUGACCCAGAUCUCCCCAGCGAGCCUGAACCGUCACCUUUUCUCCCUCUCAUCCCAAAUCAAUCCCACAGUAAGGAGCCGACAGCCUGCGAGCCAAGCUCCCCGGUCCAGAGCCCUGCCGCUGUGGAGCUGCCUUCUGUAGCACCUGGCAGAGAGGCGUUGUACACCCAAGUGAGUGAGGUGAGGUCAUCCGGCAAGGUGCUGCUGUCACCUGAGGAAGAGGUGGAGAAAACAACGAGCAAAGACACUGAGAAAGACAUCAUGGUGGAGAAAGAGAAAGAAAAGAAAGAGUUUCAACUACUGGUGGUGAAUCCAGAUCAUGGAGGUUACACCUCAGAGCUCAACGCAGGAAAAAUGAGCCCAAGAUUGUCCUCGGGAGACACGAGUGAACCCUGCCAGACAGGAGAAGACUCUUCCCCCUCCCCGUCGCCUUACCACGAAUCAGGCCCCACCCCCGUGUCCCCUCUCUCCCCUGCGCCUGUCUACACCAUGGUAGAGGGUGUUGACAGGCAGAACAGCCUCUUACUGACACCAAACUCAGCACCGGCCCCACAGCUGAUAAUCCCAAAAACCAUGCCGACACCAGACGGCUAUCUGACCCCUGACCUUUUGGGAAGCAUCACGCCAUAGAUCAGCGGUGAACUGAGCAAAAGUUACGUAAGUUGACUUUAAAACACAGGAACAGAAAACCUUGGGGACAGUUUUGGAGAUUGACUAUUGUGGGUCUCAAGUGUUGAAUAUCAGGUCUCCGAAAAUAGUCGUGCCUGUCCCGCCACCACCUCUGACCUCCCACUGCUCCCUCUGACGGGGCGGUAAAGCUGGAAGUUUGGUAUGAGAGAGGAAGAGCACACAAGAAUGUGUUUUACUGCAAUUGUGAAAGAGAAACGUAAUCAUUCAUUUUCUUGUUUACUCUCUCUCAUAUCUUCUGUAGCUGGGUCUCCAUCAGCUCUUGAGGGAAAUAUCUUGCUGUUUUGCAGCUAAAUGCUCCACUGCCUUUUGUGUGUCUGCCAAAAGACACUAAAAAGCACUGCAGAGUCGGUGGUAAAUCCCUGUGGUUUUGUCACUUCAAGUUCACAUUAAAUGUAGUUAUUUUCAUUCACUGUUAAUAAGAAUAUUGACCUUAAAUAAGAGUACAUUUAAUUCACUGUCACAUGCUGUUUUCCUGUCGUUUUGUACAUAUCAGAAGCUUUCUUUUUGAUAAAAUCAGUUUUUUUGUAAUUGGUGAAAGAUCAUGUUUAUGAAUCCAACUUUUUGUCAUUCCUUUUCAGAAUUUAAAAGUAAUACUGAAAUAAUGGAGAUGUUACUUAACCAAUCAGUCUUACUGAGGUUCAUACCAACAUAUGGACCCCCAAAAACAUUAAAGCAUGAGCUGUACUUAUGUAAAAGGAUUAACUGGAACAUAAAAUAUGUUCAGCUGUGUUCUGAACUUUUUUUUCUUCAAAGCUGACAGCCAAGAUAGUUUGGAUUGUCAGUCUUAUGCUCAGUCAGUAUUUCUCUAUGAGUGCAUGGACUAUUUUGCAGGUUGGUUUCUGGGUGGCAGUGCAUUAUUAUACACAAAAGUUGGGGGUUAUCAUAGUUGAAUUUGUGCAGUUAUUGUCUUUUAACUGUUCAGGUGUUACAAAUAAACUUUCAUACUUUUG